AUGUCUUUCUAUGCCCUCCAGCGCGGGACUUCACAUAUGGCAUCUCGGGAGCUCUUUCGGCGUCCCCAUUCACACUACUUUGGGAUAAUGAGGCAAAUUGGAUCUCAGAAACGGAAAGCCUGUCUAAACCCCUUGCAUGUACCGUUCCGCUCUGCUCAUACCCUUUCCCGACAUCAACUCCCAUUACACACACCCCCUUCUCUGCUAUGGCUCCUCGUCCCCCUGGGCGGCGGGCUGCUCAUGUACUCUCAGGAAACUCCUCCUUCAAUUAGCUCGAUCCUAUCUUCUCCCAACAUCAUACCACGAGGCGCCCCUCCCCAACUUAUUCGAAUUGAUUCGCCUUACGAGUCUCAGACGUCAUUGAUAUCACAACUUCACGAAUUUCUCCGCUCCCGAAUUUGGGAACCCAUACGCACAGGGUUUCGGUUCCUGCACCUCGUAACCAUAUUCAUCCCAGUGAUAUUGACCACUCCAAUUCUUCUUAUCGGGUCGCCAGAAGAUCGCUACGGGGGUGACAGGUGGGGUGCGGUAUGGUGGUACGGGCUUCUUGUCAAAGCAAUGCAACGUGCCGGGCCUACAUUCAUCAAGCUAUCACAGUGGGCAGGGUCACGAGAAGACCUCUUCCCGGCUGUCCUAUGUGAGAAGCUUGGUUCAUUGCAUUCCAACGGGAAACCCCACAGGUUUUCUCAUACGAGAAGAGUCAUCGAGCGUGUGUUCGGUCGCUCCUUUGACGAGGUGUUUGAGGCCUUUGAGGAAUCGCCAAUGGGCGUUGGUGCGAUUGCACAGGUUUACCGUGCAACUCUGAAGAGCGAUCUACAUCCGUUUACCACCAAUUCGACUUCAGACAGCGUCGAUCAACCCGGUACUGUACCCGCAUUUACCCAGGCCCCAAAGACAUCUGUCGCCAUCAAAAUCCUUCACCCACAUGUCCGAAAGCAUAUUUCCCGCGACCUAACCAUUCUUUCUGUGUUCGCGAGUGCGAUCGAUAUGAUUCCCGGACUCGAAUGGUUAUCACUUCCUGAUGAGGUUCGGGUAUUCGGAGAGAUGAUGAAACAACAAAUCGAUCUCAGACAUGAGGCUCGGAAUCUUGUCCAGUUUGAGCAAAACUUCGGACGUGAUGGUCAAGGCGGGAAAUCGGGCAGGGUACAAACAGCGGUCGUAUUCCCUCGCCCAUUGGUCAAUUGGAGCACAGACGAAGUUUUGGUCGAGGAAUAUGCCGAUGCAGUCCCACUCAAGUAUUUCUUAAGACACGGUGGUGGUCCAUUUGAUCAUCGAAUUGCUAACUUGGGAUUGGACGCGUUCCUGAAUAUGCUCUUAUUGGAUAAUUUCGUGCAUUCUGACCUUCACCCCGGAAACAUCAUGAUCAAGUUCUACAAGCCCAGCACUCGCGACAUGUUUUUCACCUUCUUCUCUUCAGUUCUUAACAAGUCUGGACCGCCACUCAAUAAAUUCGCUCAUGCCGAAUCGGACGUCAUUGUCGCGCAUCUCCGACGACUUUCGAAUUCUCCUGACGAAUGGCACCAAGCGCUUGACGAACUUGAGGAGGACGGUUACCAGCCUGAACUGGUACUCCUCGAUGCCGGACUUGUAACUGUGCUUUCGGAGAAGAAUCGCCGGAACUUUCUUGAUCUCUUCCGAGCGAUAGCCGAGUUCGACGGAUACCGUGCGGGACAGCUAAUGGUCCAGCGAUGCCGUUCUCCACACCUCGCCAUCGAUCCUGACGUCUUUGCGCUGAAGAUUCAACAUAUGGUACUAGGGGUCAAGCGCAAGACAUUUUCUCUUGGAAAAAUCAAAAUCGCGGACGUUUUGUACGAUGUAUUGCGGGCUGUACGGACACACCACGUCCGUAUGGAAGCUGAUUUUGUGAACACAGUCCUCUCGUUGCUGUUGCUAGAGGGCAUCGGGCGUCAACUAGAUCCUGACAUGGAUCUUCUCAAGAGUUCGCUUCCCAUAUUGAGGCAGUUGGGAAGGCAAACGGCAGCACGAGACGCAAUGGCACAGCUUCCCAGUGGAAACGUCGGAGCGAUGAUCAAGAUGUGGGUGUAUCUAGAAGCUAGACAGCUUGCUUCAUCUACAGUUGUGAACUUGGAUGAAUUGGUACGAUAUGACUGGUGA